AUAUUCAGAAUUUCACGUCAUUUUGUUCAUAUGGCUGACGCGGCUGGUCGAUCGGAACCGAAUCGCGGCGCACGCAACGACGAGAAGCGUCUGAAAUACGCCUUUGACGCCGGGUUCUUAUCCGGCGCCAAUCCUUCCGACACUCCCAACACCGUCGACGCCGAUGAUGGAGAUUCCGCAACCCUAAAGACUUCCGAUUCGGAGAGUUCCGACUCGGACUGCGACUCGAAGCAAUUGGCCGGUUUGGCGGCGAGUUUCAGAGUCUUCUCCGAGUCCAUGUUGAGAAUGGAACUCGCCGAGAUGGAGAUGAUCAAGGCCAGAGAGGCUUUGCGUUAUGAAGCAGAGAAGCGGCGAGUCGAAUCGGAAGCCGAAAUGACUCGGAUGUUGUUGCAGACUCAGUUGCAGAUUGCGUCAUUUCUUUCUCGGACGUGCGUAAAUCGGAAGAGAAAGCGCUCCGCCGACGAUGAAACCUCAACCUCGGAAAGGGAAGGAGCUAUGUUGCUGAGUUUACUCCAAUGCAAUUUGAUCUGAUAACUCCUAUUAAGCAUGUGAGUACUCUUUCUGAAGCUGUUCUUUUUCUCCGUUUUGUUUUGAAUUUAAAAAACAGAAGUGAAAUUUACUCAAAAUCGUGAUAUGUACUUAUGUUACUAUUUAGAUGUACACAUCAAUCAUAUAUAUAAGCUCUGCCCUCUGGAACUA